AAGGUUCCUGAGCCUCGGGGUGGCAACAGGAAAGUUCGAAUUCCCCUCGGUGCCUGCACCUCUCUGCGGGUGGUCGCCUUUUCCUGCCCAGAGUGAGAGAACAUCUCCAAUCCCUGUCCCCUCCUCCAGAAGGACCUCUCCGUGGCCGCUCCUGGGGGUGUCCCGACCCCUGCUGCCGGCCGCCCUUCGGAAGGAGAGUGAGGAGCUUCCAGGCGGGCGAGGGAAACAGGGAAAGGAGCCAGCCAUGUCGAACGCGAUGUAUAACAAGAUGUGGCAUCAGACCCAAGAAGCCCUCAAUUCUCUGCUUGAUAAAGAGUCUGAGAGUACGACAGAACCCCGAAGAAACCAAGUUCUCGUCUUCCAAAUGCUGGCCACCUUCUACAUAAAAUACCUGCAGAUCUUCAGAAACCUGGAGAAUGUCUACGACCAGAUCGUCCACCCCCAGAAGCGGCUGCUGAUCCGAAAAAUCCUGGAUGGGGUGAUGGGUCGCAUCCUGGAACUGAAGAAUGAGAUGGUAGAGUUGGAACUAACCGAGUUCCAUUAUUUCGAUGACGUCCUACAGGACCUGAAGUUGGCGCCUCAACAACUAGACAUCCCCAUCCCCAAGUAUUUUUUGAAGGAGAAGUUGGAAGUAAUCAAAGGAAGAGAGAGAAUCCUGGCGCAGAUCCUAGCCGACUCCAGAUUAGAUGUGGAUGAAAAGAAAUCCUCUGUGAAGAGUAUGCCCCUGGAAGAGGCCGUUAAGUUAAUCCAGGUCGCUGAGAGGGCGCGGCAGGGUCGCCUCCGGGCCAUGUUCAUGAAGCAGAUCUUUCGUCAAGAAUACAGAGCAAAGCAAGCCAAGAUCCUCAGCGAGAAAGUAGUGGAUCUGGAGGCCGCAGCGCUGCAGAUCCAGAAGGUCUGGCGAGGUUUCCGUCAAUAUAAGAAAACCAAAAAGCAGAGAGAGGAUGAGAUGAUGUUCCUGGGUAUGAAUCCACCUCCUCUGUUUAAUGAAGUCAGUGCCACCAUGAUGCAGGCUGAAAAGGUGACCUCCCUGAGGAAUGAGGUGCAGACCAAGCAUGAGGAGAAGUACAGGGAAGCUUUGGUCACAAUCAAGGAUGACCUGAAAUUAGUAGAAGGUCCAGACAUCAAGGACAACCUGCAAGACCAGAUCCGGCAUUGGUUCAUCGAAUGCAGGAACUUAACAGGCACGUUUCCUGACUACCCUAAUGCAGAAGAAGGAGGGUCAGCGGUUAUUUUUUCCAACAAGACCCCACAACAGGUUAUUGAAGAUAUUAUUGCAAGCCAAGAAGAGGAGGAGAAAAACAAAAAGAAUAAAAAGAAGAAGGCAAAGAAUCCCGAGAAACCUAGGAAAGAUAAGGAGAAAAAAGGCACAAGGGAAAAAGGCAAGGAAGAAGAUGAGGGGUGGAAAAUGUCACCAAGUGUUUUCCUUCCUGCGAUGGAGGAAGGAAAUAACGUGUACAAAGACGUGUGGAAGAAUCGGGACGAGUCGUGGAAUUUCCCCCAGGACUAUGACCCGGAACUGAUCAGGCAGGAGAAGCGGGAGGAGCUGGAGUCGGAGAUCAGAAUACAGGUGGACGAGCUGAUGAGGCAGGAGCUAAAAAACCUGAAACUGGCCGUGAACAGAGAAAAGGAGCAGCCGCUCAAAGCAGGAAAGAAGAAAGGAGACAAAAAGAAAAACAAAGGGACCAAAGGGAAGAAGGAUAAAGAUCUGACGCCUGACAGGACCCUCGAGUCCCUGUACACGGAGCUGGUGGAGGAAGGGUUGCUGAUCCGGGCCCCGAACGUCAACCUCUCUGAUUACAUCGGUUCUGCAGUGGUGCAUGAGCGCGCCCCGUUGGUGAAAUCGCUGCUGCUGGCCGGACCGUCCGGGGUAGGCAAGAAGAUGCUGGUCCACGCCAUCUGCACCGAAACGGGGGCCAACCUCUUCAACCUGUCGGCAGCCAACAUCGCCGGGAAGUACCCCGGCAAAAGUGGCCUCCAGAUGAUGCUACAUGUGGUCUUCAAGGUGGCCCGGCAGCUGCAGCCCUCGGUGGUCUGGGUCGGAGACACGGAGAAAACCUUCUACAAGAAAGUUCCCAGCGCGGAAAGGAUGAUCGAACCCAAACGCCUGAAAAAACAGCUUCCAAAAAUCCUGAGACUCCUGAAGCCGAGUGACAGGAUCCUGAUCGUGGGGACCACGAGGCGGCCUUUCGAUGCGGAACUUCAAUCCUUCUGCAAAGUUUACCAAAAAAUUAUUUUGGUUCCCAGACCAGACUAUGCUUCCAGAUUCGUUUUGUGGAAACAGAUCAUUCAACGCAACGGAGGCGUCAUCACCAACGCCUUGAAUGUAAGUUGCCUGGCGAAGGUCAGUGAUGGCUUCACCCAAGGACACAUCGUCCAGGUGGUUAAAGGUGUGCUCACGGACCGCAGAAUCCACCGGCAAAGCUACAAACCCCUCAUGGCGGUGGAGUUUAUCACAGCCUUAGCCAGCAUGAACCCGGUGUACCAGGAGGAAGAAGAGAGCUUUAAGAACUGGUAUUCCAAAACCCCUAUGGGUAAAAAGCGAGCCUUGGCACUAACAGGAGGGAUCACUGAAAAGGAAAAGGGGAAAGGAGAAAAGAAGAAACAGAAAGGAAACAAGGAGAAGAAGAAAAAGUAAUGCCUUUCUGAGACACUCAGGGAUGGCGGUGGCCCUGGCUCGCCGGGGAGACGGCUGACCCCCACCUGUCUGAAGACGACCCGGGCCACUGCCUCGAGCUCGCCAGCCCCUGCGUUCACUCAGGUCUUUGAAUGUUGCACACCAAGUUCAAUGUCCGCAGCAAUUGUUUCUAGAGCUUGUAACUGUCUCUUAAUCUGUGUAAAGCUGGUGUGUGACUGAAAUCCACUCCUUGCACACUCCACCGUCUUUCCAGCUCACCAACACCAGACACCAAAUUUAAAAUGUGGUAUUUAGAAAAUACACUGAUUUGACAAGCUAGUAGGUAGCUUGGGUCUGUCACCCGCACUCCGGCUUUUUAUCAGUCCAUAUGCACUGUAUAUUAUCUUGCACAUAUUUUAAUACAUUAAGUCUUUGUUCUACUAAUAUAUUUUAUAUAAUGGAAUAAAAACUGUUGUCUUUGAA